AUGGACGCGAAGGACAUCCUCGGGCUCCAGAAGACCUCCUUCCCGUCCGCCCAGGAGAAGAAGUCGCGGCCGCCCAAGGAGCCGCAGCGCAAGCCCGAUGGCGUCUCGCGCGAGGUGUACGCGCUCACCGGAGGGGUCGGAAUGGCGCCGCUCAUGCCGACCAUCGAGGCCUCGCACCUGAAGCGCCGGCCUGCUGUCGAGAAGGAGAAGGUAGCAUGGCAGUGGCUACCUUUCACGUCAUCUGCACGAACUGACAAUCUGCAACUUUACCACUGGGUUAGAGUUGUAAAUAAUGUUCCACCAACUGGUGAUUAUGACUUUGCAAAAUAUAACACGAAGGUGGAUGUUCUUAAAUACACCGAUGAGGAGUACGAGAAAUAUUUAACUGAACCUACAUGGAGCAGAGAAGAAACAGACCAGCUAUUUGAAUUAUGUCAGCGCUUUGACCUUCGUUUCAUAGUAAUAGCAGAUAGGUUUCCAACUGCUCGCAGCGUGGAAGAUCUAAAGAGCCGUUAUUAUUCAGUUACUAGGGCCCUUCUAAUUGCAAGAGCUCGAUCAUUCGAUGAAGUUGCUGGAAACCCUCUUGUGAAGGAAACCUUCAAUGCUGCUCAUGAGACCGAGAGAAAACGUGCAUUGUCUGCACUCUUCUCCCAAACAAAACAGCAAGAACGAAAGGAUGCCGAGGUUUUAGCAGAAGCAAAACGCAUUAUGGAAUCUCGUGCUGCUAAUAAAAAUGUGGAAGAAGCCGGAGCACCGACGAGCAUCCCUAAUGCUGCGGUUCCUGCUGACGGUGUAUCUCCCUUGAGCAACAAUCUUCCAUCUUCAGCUGCUACACAUCCAGCUGCAGCAGCGAAUACCUCCAUACCUGAUACACUGCGGAUGCUUAAAGUGUAUUUGAGAACCCAUGCACUUGAUCAAAUGGUUCAAGCAGUAACUGCUUCAGCUGGCAUUAGAAUGAUUAAAAGGGUGGAUCAAACUCUACAAGAUCUUGGGGUAAAUUUGAAGCCUAAGGUCCCAACAAAAGCAGUUUGUGCCGAACAUCUUGAGUUACGGAAUGAGAUACUCACACUGCUUAACAUACAGAAGCAGCUACAAAAUAAAGAGGCUGAAGUUUUAGCAAACAGAGAAAGUUCAUUCACAGAGGCACCGACCACACCUAAGCGUUCUAAUAGAGAUAUUGAUCGACCCUUUGUCCCUGAUAUGGCUGGGUUUGGAGGUGAGAGAGCAGUCAAACGGGACCACAAGAGGAAGCAUGCCACUGGAAGAUUUGAUGCACCCCCCUCACCAACCCAGGGCAAGAGGCCUCGGAAGAUGAAGGCGUCUGAUUGA